AUGGCAACCUGUCAGGGGUGGAGACUGAAACGCUAUGGUCGUUUCAUCCCUGGUUCAGGAGAAAAAGGAGGAAAACCGUGGAAGGUAACUACUGUAUAAGCAUUUGUUUGAGAAGUUUGCCAGGAGUCAGUCCCGACGUUAAGAAGCUAGCUCACUACUACUGGGGGUUGUCCAGCUUCAAUUAAUCCAAUAUAAAUCGUAGUUUCGACGCUAGCGGUAUAGUUAUUGCAAGUAUACUGAGUCAUGAUACAGUCAUAGAGUUCUAAUUCAUUAUUUUUCAUAGUUUAAUAAAGUUUUUUUCUGCUAGUUACAGUACCUCUGGGUCUGUGCGGCCUUAUGACUGGGUGAGGCCUCCCAAGCUUCACCCUGUAGUUUUCAGAGGAGCCCGGGGUACAAGUCGUUAAAUGUAUCAAGAUCCCAGCCCCUUCCUCUUAACAGGAAAUUUACGGCAGAGCGGUUCAUUUCUGGGUAGUUUACUAAAACCAUCUACGGUUUCCUGCAUCUGCUGGGGCUUGGGGAGUGUGUGGUAGGCCUAGCUAGUGCACGCAUACAGGUGAGCCACCUGGCUAGCGAGCUAGCGUUGCUGUUUCUGGGCUUCAGUAGUGGGAUCACAGGAGUCGCGUUUAGCCUCCAUGUACAAGUGGUUCAGUGGGAAGGAAACAGCAAACAGGUAUUGUUGGUUACGCAUUUGCCCUUCUGUGUUGUGUAUGACCAGGAUUGAGUCUUUCAAUACGUGUUCAGUGGAGAUAGUCAGCAUGUGUGUGUACAAAACCGUUUAUUUGUUUUAACUACAAUAACAAGCGCCGAUAUGGUAUCACCAGACCACUUAUAAUGUAAAAGUACAGGCUCCAUAAUUAAUUGUUGUAAUAUACCCUUCAACUCCAAUGUUUGGAGUGAUAUUGACUCAGGGCCUAUAUAAGGUGAAGUUAUUGAAUAUUUUGCAGUAUCUUCUGUCAGUAUUUUACUUUGUAGAAACUCUCUGCUCACUGAAGUCAUGGCUGGCUGUGCAGAGAAGCUUGUUCUUAGGAGCCAAAAAUUAUGAUAAAUUUAUUGUCAUGCGUGAAAAUAGGUGCAAAUGAGGCAAGCAACAUUUUCUUGAUUAAUGUCCUGCUACAAGGUCCAAUAUUUAUUUCACUUAUCAAGAUAAUUUGGACUUGAAAUGUGAUUGAAAGAAGAAGAACUGAGAUGAAUUCACACCAUCCAGAUAGGCUGCUGUCAGGCAGGUAAUGGAAUGCUUAUCAAAAAUUUUUUGAUAAAAGUACUGACUUUAAAAAAAUGGCUUGAUUAGACACAUCUCGUCAUUCUGACACAAUUUGGAAGAAAAGGUUUGCCAGGCUGUAAAAGCUGCAACCGAAUGUUGGGAUUCCUGGUUACAAUAGUUCAUUUUGAAAAAAGGGAAAGCAGCAAAGCCUUAUUAUACAAAGCUGUUACAGGGUUUGGAAACACUGUGGCAUUAUGUUAAAAAUAUAUCAGUUCUCUCUUCUUAUCUCUCUGAGGAGCUAGAAUGAGGAUAAAGUAAAAGUACAGUGAUCCAGGAAGUCAGGAUGAAUACUUUUACUUAUGUUGAAGAGGAAUUUCCGAAAGUCAGGUGACAUUCUGUUUAUUUGUGUUUGCUUGUUGUGAUUUUAUUGUUGUAAAUCCCCACAUCUGGACUGGGUACUCCAGUACAUCUUUGUUGUAAAAUUAUUAUCUCUGGUUGACUUCAGCAUGGAAAAGGAAGUUUUUUUUAUGUUGUCAUACAGGAUGUAUCGGUUAAAGAUUAAUUACUAGUAAUUUGUCUAUAUCUGUAGGUUUUGAGUAAUCAAUUAUUUAUUUUUUUUAAAUGAUGAAAUGUUGGAAAUGCCUGUCUUUCACGAAAAUAUUUAGGAACACAAAGUUUUACAGUAUUGUGUACAACAUUAAAGCAGGAAAGAAAGUUAUACCUCUUAUAUUACAGAAACUCUAAAAAUGUAAUGUUUUAUCAGCUUUUGUCUUCAGUUAUGGAGGCUGACCAAUUAAAACUUUGUGUGAGCUGUUAUAAUUGAGUUGAACAGCUCUGAGAUGAUUUGUGAAAAUGGACAGACAUUUAAGUGAGGAUUGAGUGAAGGACCAUACCUUCACAAACCACAAUAGUGAAAUCUAUUAAAUAAAUAUGGCCAUCAAUAACUUCAUAAAGGACGCAUCUGCCUUGUGAGAAACAUCUUUAUUUUUUUACAGCACCAGCAAUCAGGUUUCAUUUAGGACUGAAGAGAACCUAGCAUGACCUCUGACCACUCUACAGCUUUGCAUUGCCAAUUGUUACUACCAGGACACUCUUGUAUAAGAGAUUUUCAACUUAGUGAGUCUUCUCGAGUAAAGUUGAAAUAAAAAAGUCUCUUCUCUUCACCAGGUGUUUGAGGCCACUGGCAAUAAACCAGGAAUUUUUCUGCAAAUUUUGGAAUCUGGAUACCUUCUGGUAUUGCAAGGGCAGGAAUGCUUGGUAAGUUGACUGUGUGGUUGUAUAACCAUUUUUUUUUUCAUUUUUUAUUUUUUUUUAAAAUGUAUUUUCACUGUAUCGGCAAUAACACAGCACCUGAGGCGCUCUGUUUUAGAUCGGUCUGAUUCUGAUUUUUGUGGUGUAAUUAUAUAUCCAAGAAAGAAAGACAGACAGACAGAAGGAAAGCGCUAUUUUGGGCUUCCAGUCUGGAUGUGCAAAAGAAGUGGUUCAAAGUGUCACAAGCAAAAGUUAUUUGAAUGAAUUUCAUUGAAAAAAACUACUCACCGUUGAUGUGAGUAUUUAAUAAAUUAGAAGGGGUUAUUAUACAGUAUACAGAAACUAAUGUAAAAUAAACCUUUACCAUCUUUACUUUGGACUCCAGCAGGUGUCAUUGCUCCAGACUCUUGAGCUCAAGCCUUUGGAUUGAAACUCUGUAAUUUAAAAACAAACAUGGCUGUGAGGAGUAUUUCUGAAAAUCACUGAAGGCUGCAGCUGCAGUUGUCAGGCUCUGUGAGUCACAGUUGUCAAUAUUAGUCGUCAUCAACCUCAUGAAGGAAACAUUGAGUGAAUGCUAUACUUUUAUUAGAUACAGUGUGACUCAGUGAGAUUCAUGAAGAAGCCAGGGCUCUUUCGUCUCACUAUUUUAAUGUACAGAUAGGAGAAAUGGGAAUAUUUUCAAUGAAUAGGAUUCAGAUUCUAGACUUAAAUGCCCCUGCUCUUCACCCUCCCGUCGGUGAUGCUGGGGUACCUUUGAGGACAAGAGGAUCCUGUGAUGCAUGAUAACUACAACCAAUCAUCUGUGAUUUUUUUCACUCGUGAAAAUGUCAGUCAGUAUAAAGUCUUUGUACUGAUGGUUUAUAUUUGAUCAGUUUUACAAACAUGUCUUCAAACAGGUGCAUUUUAACUAACCCUCACUCUAUACAAAAACUGUACAGAAAGGGGAAAGGGGCCUGUUACUAUUUAGACAGAUAAAAACUCACUCUUAGUUUAUGCCUGUAAACUGAUAAAAUGUAAAUAAUAAUAAUAAUGUUAGUGAGUUUUAUGUAUUGUUCGAUAACACUGGGGUUAAGACUGAGAUGCUUGUUGUGAAGUCCUUUAAGGAUAACUUGAGAGUUUAUUUUAAUGUGUAAAGCAGAAAUCUGCUUUGUUGGUUAAAGGUCAGGGUGAGCUCUGUUAGUUAUUCUGCCCAAGAGCUUGACAUUUUCAGCUCAAAUCUGAGGAGCUGUGACCAGAUUAUUUGGUCGGUUCAAGUCAUAUAUUCCUCAUAAAAAUUUUGAGUACUGAUUUAAAAUAUGUUUAAGAACAUUAGCCUCAGUAAACACAGGGUAAACAUUUGCUUAGGACAAUAGAACAUUUCAUCUCUGUACAACUAGAACCAGAAAUCCUGAAAUUCUACACCAAAAAUAAUGAAAAUCACUGUGUGAUCAACCAACUUCUGUAGCAGCUGACCUGUAGGCAUGUUUCACUGCAAGGCCUGGUUUCUAAAAUGCUGGAAAUCACUACCACAGGGCUUUGUACAAGUUAUUGUGGCCAUUAGACAGAAAGUUAACUACCUGAGCUGCAGACAAGAGAAAUUUGGGGGCUAUUCAGUGUCUUAUUAAUGGAGCUCUGGCAGGUGACACAGCUAUCUUGCUGUGCCAGGGUGCAGAGCGAGACAGGUAUUCAGGUCAGGCUGCAGAGAGCUUUCACCAGGGAUGAUAGACUGGUCUAUUAUAGAUUGGUGCAGUGAAUACUCAACUUUCAAUGCAGAGAGCUUUGGCCUAUAGGUUACAUCAUCAAGUCAGAAGGAAACUUUUGGAAAUGUCUUUGAACGAAACAUAAGUUUUCUGUGUCAGAAGAACCAAAGGGUUUUCUCCUGAGCCUUGGCGCUCUCCUUAAAAAAUGUAUAUCAUGACUUGACAGGCAUCAUCCACAAAAAUGAGUUCAGCCCCCUUGUAAAAUGCAUAUGGAUCUGGCAUUAAUUCUUACCUAACACGCAACAGAUGGUGACUACUUAAAAGGAAACCAACCAGUUAAGUGUUUGAGAAACAUGUUGGCCCACUAUGUACCACCAGAGAAGCUUUACUUGUUCUUGGCAAAGCUUCAAGACACUACUGAAAGAAAGAAACUGCAUCCUGUAAAAAGUUUCCCCACAUCUCACAUGAUGAUGAUGAUGAGGAGGAGGAGCGCUGUGCCAUCGCUUGCCAAAAAUCCACAGGCCAUGAAACAUGAUCCUCAUCACUGUUAGACCGACACAUUUAACAACCCCUGUAUGGUCCUGUAUGGAAACAUCUAUUAACUUUGUCCUUAUAGAAGUUUACACUCUAAAUAGUGUGCCUCAAUUGAAUUUAUAUAUAUUAAUACGAUAUAUAGAUGGAAGUUGUAUGUUGCACAAGUACAACAACUCCCUGGUAGGCUGGUACAGUGUCAUUGUUUCAAGGACAGCUCUGUUUUCAUUCUCUGAUAACUGAUUGAGGAGUCAGAAGAAAUGUGUUCAUAAAGCACAUCCAAUAAAUAAACAGGUCCUCGUGAAGAGCUAUUGUUCGUAUGUGUGCCUUUUUGAUUGUUUACAUUUAAUAGCUUACACCAAGCUUCAAAGAUGGUGUUGCUGGGUAAACAGAGACCCCUGCAGACAGUUUUAGGUAACUGUUUUUUCCUGUGUCAUCUUGAUAAAACUAUAAUGUCUUUUUAUCUGUCUAUGAAUUGAAUCGUGUGUUUGCAUGGGUUGAUUAGAUUAGAUUAGAUAAGAAUAGAUGAUAUUGAACUUCAUUGAUCCUAAUGGGAAGGUUCCCUUCGAAAUCAAAAGAGCAUUUAUGAAACAUUUACUUAAAUUUAGCUUGACUUGGUGCAUUUUAAAGGAGAGACCUUAAAUAAUUUCAAAUAAAAAAACUCUAUUUUGUAUGUAAUAAGAGAGUUCAUUUAGCAUGAAGUUGGAAAGAUCUGUCUUCUUUCUGUAAAUGAAUGUUUUUGCUUCUUUUUUUAGGAUACAGUGCCUCUGCUCUGUGCCUCAGGUUCUCUCAAAGUGCACCAGAAGUCGGAUAACCUCAUGUUUCAAUUUAUUGUGGGGGUGAGUCAUGAUAUAUAUUGAAAUUCAAAAGUUUUAUAUUUGCCAAAUAUCUUUGCCUAUGGCUGAAUCUCUGAAAUUAAAUCAUUAUUUUACAAAUAGAGAGGAAAAUUAAACACCUCCAGUGUGUGUUUUUAAUUAAUGAAUAUGAUCUUAACUUUGGUUGUCAACUAUUAAUAAAAACAAAUUGCUGUUGAAGACAGUACUCUGAUUAAAGUAAUGUGUUAAGACUCCCUGCUCCCUGAAUGUAUUUGUGGCCUCCUGUAGGGAGAGAGCCGCAUGAUGAGGAUGCAGUUUGAUGGAAGUAGCAAACAAGAGGCCGUCAAGGAGUGCACCAGUGCUGUGGAGAAACUAACGGAGUACAUACCUGUCACUACACAGAAAGACACCCUGCCGCCCUCUAAUCAGACUCUUGCUGGGAAGUCUGCACCGGUGAAACAGGUUGCCUGCUUUAUACUUCAAGGAAUAAAAAUGUAGUAUUUUAUCCAGAGUUGAUGUACUGCCCAAGUGUUAUGUAUAUUCAGUGUGUAGCUUGUAGGUAUCCCAAAUUUGUGGCUCUAAAAAAGGUGUAAGCUUGAACGUGAGAAUCUGGUUUGUGUCUGUGAGGAAUCUCUUUUACCUGCAUCAUCUGUAUGAUGUUCAAUGUCUCUGUUCAUCAUGACGUGUUUUAUUAAAGAAAAAUAUCUACAUUUUUCAGAUUAAUACAUUAUAAAGUCAUAAUUGAUUUUUUGAGCAACAGUAUUGUCACAAUGCUGUGGUGAACUCCACAAACCCACACAAUAUUAUGCACACUAGAUGGUGCUAUUCACAAUACUGUGUUGUUCUCUGUGGUGAUACAGAGGCCACACCAGGUGGACUGAGAUAAUGUGUGUGCUGCAUAGGAAUCAAUAAUCAAUCAUAACACAUUAUCUGGUGUAGAAAUAUUCCACUUCUUAAACACACUCAAAGACAGGAACAUAAUUCAGUAGUUAAAUUGAUUUUUAAAAAUAACCAAAUUGGCACACAGUAGAAAAGCCAUAGAAAAAUAAUUCUCUGUUUAGACUUUGACUGUCCAAUUAUUGAGCAUGAAAACAAACAGUUUUGCCCCAAUCAUAAAAUAAUGGUGCAAAUCAGUCAUGCAAUACAACUCAGUCAAAAUGAAUGACUUACUGAAAAAUUGCAAGUGCUUUAUUGUACGAUUGUGAUUUAUUUUCUUUUGAGUCUUUAUUUUUGGUACAUUUAAACUGAGAGCACAGUUGAUUCUGAGUAAAACGCGUAUCCAGCCACCUUGCUAACAGCAUUCAGCAUGAGGGACUGAGAAAGGAACGGACCCUGCCGUGGGUCUGAAUGUGACCUUUAGUGAACAGACCCUCUGAAGGAGUUCACAGUGCAGAUGAAAGGGCUUUGAGGACUGGAUAUCUUUCAAUUAGUAAUGAAGCCAUAGAUUGGCCUCUUAACCCUGUGGUGUCAUGCCAUGUUCGUCACAUCUCUGUUUCUUCUUCUUUCCUGUGUGAUUGUGUGUCAGCAGACUUCGCAGGGGAAGGCUGCAGGAGCUGAGCCUGAAGUUGUCAAAGGAACUCUGUCCAUCAAACGUCUUACCCAGGUAUCACUGUGUAAAAGUGAGACAUAACCUCAAACAACAUUUACAACCUCAUUAAUAUCAAUGUUCUCAUCAAUUUUAUAAGAGGUGCAGGUUGCUCAGUAGGGUCACAUCCUUAAAAAUUGUGAAUGCUUACAUGAUUUGCUCUAACAGCUGUCUCUUCAUUUAUACUGAUGCAUUUAUUGGACUUUCCUCAGCACUUCAUAGGAGGGACUGCUUUGACUCUGCCCCGAGUCUAUCACCCCAGCUCUGUGGCCCAGCUUGACCUGGAGCCCGUCCUGCGUAUGUGUCUUCUUGAUCCCAGCUUUCCUGCGUUUGUGGAGAAUGUGGAGGGGGAGCUGAAAAAACUGCUUGCAGAGUAA